AUCCAAUCCAAAAUUUAUGUGAACCCAAUAAUUUUCUCCCAUGCCUCCCAUCGCCUCCCGUGACGUCGCCGUCAUCGGUGCCGGAGCAGCUGGGCUAGUAGCUGCCCGCCACCUCCGGCGCGAGGGCCACUCCGUCGUCGUGUUUGAGAGAGAAUCCCAAGUCGGAGGCACCUGGAUAUACACCAACAAAACCGAACCCGAUCCGAUCGGCGUCGACUCAAAUCGUCCUGUAGUCCAUUCAAGUCUCUACGCGUCUCUCCGGACUAACUUACCCCGAGAAGCAAUGAGCUUGAGGGAGUACCCGUUUGUAGCAAAGAAAACGGGUCACAGAGAUCCGAGGAGGUUCCCGGGUCACAGAGAAGUGUUGGAGUAUUUAAAGGAUUACGCCACCGAGUUUGCAAUCGGCGAGUUAGUUCGAUUUGACACAGAGGUGAGUCGGGUUUCGCAAGGGGAAAAUGGGAAGUGGGAAGUGAGAUCAAUAAAGCGAAAAGAAGAAGAACUUCAUCUCGAUGAAGCUUUUGAUGCUGUCGUUGUUUGUACAGGACAUUAUACAGAUCCCCGAAUCGCACAGAUUCCAGGCGCCGAUCGGUGGCCGGGGAAACAGAUUCAUAGCCACAAUUACCGUACACCCGAGCCCUUCCAAGAUCAGGUUGUGGUGAUAAUAGGGAGCUCUGCAAGUGCUGUUGAUAUUUCUAGAGAGAUUGCAACUGUUGCUAAGGAAGUCCAUAUUGCAUCUUGGUCGACCUCUAAUGAAGAAGAUCAAUCUCUACCUGGAUACACCAACAUUUGGCUACGUCCUAUGGUAGAGAGUGCUAAUGAAGAUGGCAGUAUCUCAUUUCCCCAUGGGUUCAAGAUCUUUGCUGACAUUAUUCUACAUUGCACAGGGUACAAGUAUAGUUUCCCAUUUCUUGAUACCAAAGGUAUCGUGACAGUUGAUGACAAUCGGGUGGGCCCACUUUAUAAGCACGUCUUCCCUCCAUCAUUAGCCCCUUGGCUUUCUUUCGUUGGAUUGCCAUGGAAGAUCGCUCCUUUCCCCCAAUUUGAAUUCCAAAGCGAAUGGAUUGCUGGCAUAUUAUCAGCAUCUGGUGUGCCAAAAAGAUAUACGCAUAAUAUGACUGGCUAUCAGUUCGAGUAUAAUGACUGGAUUGCCACUCAAUGUGGGUCCCCAAAAACGGAAGAAUGGAGAAAGAAAAUGUAUUCUGCAGCUUCUUUGGGUAGAAAAGAAAGACCCGAGACUUAUCGUGAUGAAUGGGAAGAUGAUGAUUUGGUUUCGCAAGCUUAUCAAGAUUUUACGAAGCAAAGCUCUUGUAAAGGGGAGUGUUAUUAACAAGGAAGGUCAAAUAUGUAAUUUUAUGUUGUUCUCUUUGAAAGGUGUUAUUUGCUAAACCCAUUUUUUUGCUUGGAACAUGGCUACAAAAUA